AAAUGGAAGACCUUGAAAUGGCAAAUCUUUAUUAGUUUUGUAAACAGCUUUAGGAAGCGCUGGGAGCAUCUUGCAGGGACCCUGCAAUUAUCAUAAUAAACAGUUUUAUCAUCUGCUUGGCAAUCAAUAUUGUGGCUUAUGCUGCUUUAGUAUCUCGGUGGUAUUGAUUACCUUAACAACUGUGCUGCGGUCAGCUUCCAUUAACCCCUGCUCUGCUGGCAGGGCCUGUGCCUCCCAUGGUUGGAUGGAAGACUGCUCUGGUCCCAGCCCAGGCAAGCGCUAGAAUUUGACAGCUGGCCAGAGAGUCAAACACAGCUUUCAUCUCAGGCGCCCAAUAGAAGGAAGGGUUUUAAACAGGGAAUCUGGAAGCUAAUGCAACUUUUUAAAGGCAUUUUUUUUGUGUGUGUGUGGAGACAGUGUAUAAAACAAUUAGAGCAGUGGGGUUUCAACUGUGAGUCGGGAAUUUGAAUGUUGAGUGCAAAUUCUGAUUCUUCCUGCCUUGGCUCUGUCCAGUGCUCCUCUUAACUCACCUCCACCCUCCCCGGGGGAAGAUGGACAUGUGUGGAACUGAAUUGAGGACUGCAGCGCUUAUGCCCUUAUGCAACGUGCAUUCCUGGGACUCUUGGAGCACUUUUGUGAUCUACAUUUUACUUUUAGAGAGAAACCACUUUCUUUGGGGACAUCUAGUACUAGGACUCAGGUUCUUCUGGACCAGAGAAUGUCUGAAGUGCAGCAGUCCAUCAUAAGAUGACAGAAUGCUGGAGAGAAAUUUUGGUGUCCCUUCAGAGUAUAUCACUCUUACUGGCUGUCCCCAUCUCUGGUCUGGUUAACGUUUACAACCCCCCUUCUUCUGAUGAAACAAAGGCAACAAGGACACUUAGCUGCAGGGAGCAACCCAGAUGGAGCCCCCAGACCAAGCCAGCAGUUAGGGAUUAGGUAGUAGUAAGCAACACUUGUCCAGAAACUUUGGGGACAAGAUCUUACCAGCAGGGGGUGGUUGCAGUUGUGUGUGUAUAUGGAUUGUUUUUCUUUCUUAAGUGCUCUAUUUUGUUUAGUUUUAAAUGAGAAAUAUAUGUGUGUGUGUAUAUGUGUGUAUGAAUGAGUGUAUAUGAAGCCAAGGGGUGAGCUUGCACAUUAUACCCAGCCGCCUAACCCCUUUGGCCCAAUUUUAGUGAAGACGAUCAUAAGGGUCUUCCACAUUGCAGACCCAACAACAAAGGUGCUGUUCAACCCGAGUGACAUUGACCUCUAAUGAGAAGCCAGCUACCACAUCUAGGAGUCAGUUUUUAAAGCCGAUGAGUUUCAUGGAGUCGCUAGGCAGUGGCGGAGGAGGAGGAGGAGAAACAGGAGGAGGCAGCGGCAAUGGUUGGGCUAGGAGGAGAGUGAGUUGCGUUGACAGCUGCCAUGUUCCUGCCCUUCUUGCCAGACUGCAGCCUGUGGCUUCCUUGUCCCUUGUAGCUACCCAAGAAAAGGUGGGAGUGGAAGUUUAUCAGAUGGGGAGGAGGCCAGUAGGUAUGUGACAAACAUGAGAGCUGUGGAUUGAGCUUGGAGAACUGCAGGUAGGUGCAGCCAAGGGAGUCACAGGUGUAUGGGAUUCUUGGCCUUGGGACUCAAGCCCCAACCAGGUAAGGGUCCAUAUUAGAGAGGGUCAGGAAGCCAGACCAGAGAGUUGGGGCAGCAAGAUGUAAAGCUGUAGGCUCUGGUGGUGAGCCCCAGGCUAGUAAUAGCAAGACUUGACGUUGGUAUGAAGCCACAAUUUGAUGAGCAGGGCUGAGCCUGCAGAUGGCAGUGAGUAGAUGGACCUGUGCAGGUGAGGGUAGGGCCCCAGGGAGUAGGAGUGGGUCUCCUCCAUUCGGAGGGGAAGCUGGUGGGAGUAGUCCUCUACAUGUGGUUAGAGAAUCUGCAUAGGGCCAUGGCUUAAACAAGCCUUCCCUCCUGACCCCACCCUACCAGGUUACCCUCCCUCCAUCUGGGAUGUCAAGAUGUCCCCAUCACUGUGUUGUAUUCUGGACCCACCUGCUUCUGUCCUCAUUUUCCCUCUACCCAGACUACCUUGGUUCCACAAAUUAGAAAGUUUUAAGUAUAAUGCUCUUCCUAAAAAUGUCACUGAGAUCUAUCAGUUAGGCUCGAGGUGGGCAGUGGUUAUUAAGUUGACCAAAGUUCCAUUGCUUUCCAUCCCAAUAGGAACUGUAGCUCAAAGGGCUCCAUGAAGGCAGAGGGUGGACUAGAUUGCUCAUAGCAUAGAAUAAGCAACGUUUGUGAUGGGAAUGAAGCUGGUUCCCCGACUUUUGGUUUUACAUAGAUUUGUGCGCUUUGAUUACGUCAUGAUGCAGUCAUAUGGCGGCCAAAAGCACCCUGUAUGUGACCCCACUGGUCUUAACUUGAACUCUGCAUUGAUACUAGCUCUUCUAAGUCUAACCUAAUUCGUGAGGAGCUCCUUAGACAUUGACAGCUUUUUAGUUUAUUCUUUUGCAAAUAGCUUUUUGGGCCGAGUGGUCAGUCUCGGACGGUGGUAUCAUUUGCGUGGUAGAGGACAUUUUAGAGGGACUCGCCCUCUGCCUGCUCAUGUCUUAAAUUUUGUUAUGGCCAGAGAUCUUUGUUUCAGCAUUUGGUGCCUUGCUAGGUGCAUUUCUAGGCCCUACAACACUCUGAUCUACAUAAAAUGUUAAGACUUACUGUCUUCCAUCAAGGUUCUUGGCUGUGUGGAGCAACCUGAUAUUGGUUGUUAUUUAUAGCUCUGCUUUUGAGUUGUGAGCAGUGAAAUGUCUUUUUUGAGUCUUUGGUAUAUUCCUAUAUGUUUUUUUUAUUUAGAAGAUGAAAUGUGAUUUUGACGGGUUUGGAAAGCUGAUUCUCUUUCAGGAAGUGAUGUCUUCAUAGAGAAAAGGACGCAUGAAUAGAAUCCCAGAGACCAGGUCCCCCUCCCUGAUUUGCCACAAACCAACUGGUGACCUUGGGAAAGAGUGACUCAUAGUAGCCACUUUAAUGUUUGCUGAAUCUUUUUAAACCUGUAAAAUCUGAAUUAUGAUUCCCAUUGUCUACUUAAGAUUGUUGGAGGUCAAAUGAGAAAUGAAUAUAAGAAUGUUUACAAAUGUGUAAACCACUGUGUAAAUGGAAGGAGCAUUGUUAUUUGUUCCUGGGAAGUUUGGUGCUGCGUGUUUCCUAAAGGACUGUUUUCUUGGUCAAAUACUAAUGCAUCUCUGAAAAAGUCCGUUGCAAAGAGUAUUUCUCAGGAGCCUGCAGCACGGUGGUGGGUGAAUGUGGGCCCACUUGUGGCAAGAAGCCCACUUAUCAUUGGGCCAUGCUACUUGCCAGAACCAGCCCAAUGGGAACGAGCUCAGUUCAGACGUGAGAAAGCAAUUAAGGUGACUGACUUAUAAAACAUUCAUACUGAGAUGAAAGAUGGUGAGCUCAAAAACAAUGGUUGGUAAACAUUGCCUUAUUUUGUAAAUUCACUGAAAGUGUCCGAAAUUAUUUCUUAACCCAUUAAAUCAACAAGUGGAGGCUUUUAACUUAUCAGUGGAUGUGUUUUUCUUAAUCAGAGUUUGGCUCCAGGCACUAAAUCAAGCUCUUUUGGAACCUUAGGCUGUUACGGCUCAUUUUUGCUCAGUAAUGAUAGUGGUAGUUAUGUAUGAACGUGUCAGGUCCUGUGCCCAGAGCGUGAUGUGUAUCAUCUCUUCCUGUAUUCUUCUUGACAUUAGCGGGAUGGUGGUGCUUGGUACCUUCUAAGGGUAGGAGAAGGGGUGAGGUCAGCAGGUGAUGAGUUUUGAAAACAAGAUUUAGAGAUAGCCUAAAGGACUAAGAUAGCCUGAAGGACUUGUUAGCAAGUCCUUGAGCUCUCCUAAAGAAAACAGAACCCCUGUUUCUAUGAAAAUAGGCUUAGCUUGCCAUGAAUGUGUCAAUUUAAGGCUUCUGGGAAGCUUGGCUUUGGCCAGUGCUGUUCUUUUUUCAGAAGAUGCUCCUGAACUGGAUAAAGACAGAGCUUUCUUUUUUUUAAAGAAAAAAAUUAUGUAAAAAUAGAAUGAUGUGAUGAACCCCAUCAACUAGACCUGACAGCAGUUCACUUUUUCUUAGAUUUGUUUAAUCUUUUUGUUCAUUGGCUUCGAUUUUAAAGCCCAUCAAAGAGAUCAUGAUGCUUCCUCAUUUUCUUAGGUGCUACUAAGAUGUUUACAUAACAAAAUUAACAAAUUCUUAUCAUCAUUGAAUCCCAAAUCGCUAUUUAAACUUAUCUGCUUGUCCCAGAAACAGUUUUUUUUUUACAGUUGGUUUGUUAGAAUUGGUAUCCAAAUGAGGUUGACUAGUGCAUUUAGUUGUCUAGUUCUUAGGUCUCUUAAUCUAGAACAGCACCCUCACCCCCCAACUCCAGCCUCCACGUGUGCCCUCCCUUCCCCACGCAACCAGCCCAUGGAUUUUGCAGGAUAAUGGAGAGUAGCUACAUGUGGUAGAAAGAGCAUUGCUUGUGUGGUGUGAAGGUACCCAGGUCCUCUUCCCAGCUCUUCCACUGACCAGCUGUCUGACCAUGGGCAAACCACCAGCACCCUCUGGGGUCGUUAUUCUUAUCCAUCAAAGGAGGCAGUGAGACUGAAUGGCCUCAAACUCAAGCAUUCUCAUUACGACCCCAGAGCGACCAGGGACACAGGAUUGCAGGCCUGUUUGCUACCAGUCCUUAUCCCAAUUUUUGUAAUUGAGGAUUUAUUGGUACUAAAUAAUCUUGAGCAGUUGGCUUGUUCUUUUUCUCUUGGACAUUGUGAAUAGUGUACCUAAAACAAGGCUAUUAUGUUUUUCUUCUGGACUUUUAGAAAGCUUAGAGCAAUAUUUAUGGCUCAAUGCGUUGUUUAUUACUGUAUGCAUUUUAAGCUUUGGUUUUGGCUCAAAUUUUCCUCCACUUGUGUUUCUUUCUUUCUUCUUUUGCCCUGGCCUCAAUUUAUGCUAUGAUGUUGUACUGUAUAUUCUUGUAAGCAGUAUAAGUAAACAACUGUGUGCUGGGUAUUCCUGUGUGACUCUGACUGGUCUGUAAGCUUGUGGGGGCCAGGGUCCCUGUCUUAUAUGUUCUCUGCUUUGUUGAGCCACAAAUUAGGGCCCAAUAAAAGCUUACUGAUAGAUUUUGGUUUGACAUAUUGUCAUCACUUAUGCAUUUACUAAUUUUCUAUUUUAGUGGUGAAGAGUUAUUUGGAACAGUAUUAAUUUUGUGACUGGCCUGCUUCUUCUCUGAUUCGCAUUUCAUCUGGCAAAGCGGCCUGGUGAGCCACCCGGCUGGUGAUGUUAUUUUUGUAGAACUUGUCUUCUUGAGUAGCUCCUUGCUGGUUUUUCACAGGCCUUUGGUGAGUGAAGCAAUAUUUGUUGGGCAAACAGUUGGGGUGGGGGUGGGGAUCUUAACUGCUAAAACAGUAGCCAUUCUAUGCAUUCCGAAGAGUUCACCUCUGGUUCCAGCCUUGGACACAAGGGGCGCUGUUCUUGGGAUGUUUAGGAUGAUAGAGGUGGAUGAAUCAGAAUCCGUCAUCUGCUAUAUCUGGAAAAAAGUAGAUUGGACAAUGAGAUGUGCUUCAUCUUCUCGUAGGACUCAAGCGUGAGUUCUCUCGUUGACUCUCACUCAGCCGCCUUUGCUGUUUGUGAGAGUCUGUGCUAACCCUCAGUGAGGGAUUUGUCGCAGCUGGCUCUCUCCCUCACAUCCCAGGACCUCUGGCUCCUCGGUUGUCCAGGAGAGAGAAGGAUGUUGAUCCUGGAGUGUUAGGGGAGGAUCCGAGUUCACGCGUGUUGAGCACCUAGCACCGUGCCUGGCACACAGUGGACACUCAGUAAACAGUAGGUGCCUUCAGGAUGGCCUCUACGAGCGGCAGGGGGACAUAAUUGCGACUGUUGCUCAGUGGCCUCCUCUUUUCUUGUUUGUUGACACUUGGAAAGGGAUCCUUUAAGCCUUGAUUUUGAAGGGUUUGGGGCCUGGUUUUGAGGGUUCCUAUUCUGGGUCCCUAGAACACUUCCCUGUUAUCCACAGAGAAGAGCUGAGGUGCCCUGGUUGGUGAAAGAGUCCUGCUGAUGUUCCUGUCCCGGUCAGGUGCUCUCCUAAGCCAGCAGUGUGGCAUUUAUCCUUUCGUUGCCAUGUUGAGGAGAGCGCUUCCCGUCCCCUGCUCCACGUGGACUUGGUCCAGAGGAAGGCAAGACCCCUGGGGGGUCCUGGGUGUGGCGAGGAAGUUGAGGCUCAAGGCUUGCAAGUUUUCUUCUAAUGGAAUUUCCCAUCACUUACUGCCCUGCUGAUUUCUGAUCAAUGAAAAUGAAAUUGCAUCACCUCCUCAGAGGCUCCACGUAUGCCUGCUGCUUCCAGCUGUGUCAGUUCCGGUAAAAUAAUCUCAUCAGGCGUGCGAGAGGGUAAUAGGAAAUAAAAAUAAAAACCCACAAUUAGCAAGAGGCCUUGCAGCUGAGUAACACUUUCCAUCCCAGAGACAGAAAGGGCUGGGUAGUGAAUGCUUAGGAAAGAGUCCCUUGAAAAAAAAAAAAAAAGAAAAUUCCCAGUCCUCCUUCUCCCUCCUUUUCCUCACUGCCCCUGAACUGUCGCGCCCCCUCCCCACCCCGCCAGGAUGUGUGCAUGAUUUAGAAUUGUGCACAGGUUGUUUCUGCCCUACUUCUGAGGUCAGUAGAACUGCUGUGUGAUGGGCACAUAUCGGGGUGGCAUUUGCUUUUCUUUUCUCUCAAGUGCCCCCCAGAUAGACACAAAAUGAAUUCUCGACAUUCCAGCUUCUCCCACUGACCUGUGACAGGGAACCAGAUGGCCAGGGGGACAACUGGAGGCUGAGUUAAGGUUGGUGAGUAGACUUCUCAAAGCUGGUUCAUUUUAAUUUCUAGACUUUAUCCUUCAAUUAUCAGUCCAUUAAGAACAAGACUCCCCACUCUGUGUUAUCCCCUGAAACUCCCAGUACCGUGUUGUGAACGCGAGGCUCUGUGAAUGGGCAUUGUUUGGUCAUGUGGACGAUGGGCAGAGCCACCUCCCCAUGGAGUGCUGUGAACGUCGGGACAUGCCAACCCCACCACCUCUUGAUGAGACUUGGGGAGGUCAAACACUGCCCCCAGAACAUUCUGUCGCUUACGUGUAUGGGGCCUGGAAAGUCACAGAGUCCAGCCAAACGGAAACUGAGGCCGAAGAAACCAGGAUGGGGAAUCCAAGGGGGAGGUUAAGGAUGUGGGAAACCUGUGGGGUCAUCUGAGAGGAGCCAGUAGAAAUGAAUCACAUCAUCUCUUGUCAACUUGACAACAUCAAAGGAGAAAAAAUGCUUAUGUGAAGGCCAGUUCAGUGGUUCUGGCAGUUUCUUCUAAGUAUCUGAGGGGCAGCAUGCCCUUCAUCCCGGGGGAAAAAAUCUUGAGCUGUUAGGAAAUGCUCAAUCUCAGACAUCCCUAAUCUUCCUUUAAUUGGCGACUCCUGUGUGGAUUGAGGGCAAGAACCCUGAGGGGACAGGGUAGGGGUGAACUGAAGUGUGGGGGCCACAGUGUCCCCAGCACCGUAGCGUCUCAGGGCAAUUGCACAACUUGCCAAACCAUGUGUUGCAAUAGUCAAAACAUGUUUUUAAAUGCAGUGGACGUCAGAGGCCAUCACUGACCACAUCUGGUUAAUAGGAGGACAGAUUCUGGCAGUGGAGCAGGAAGACUCUGGAAUGGGGGAAGCAAUAACCUACAUAAUUGUGUUGAUACAGCGAAUGGAGCAGUCGUGUGAAGUGCUGAGGCUGUCCCCACCAACACCCUAAUCAUCGCUGCCUGGGUUCUUAUUUUGCAUGUCUGGACUCUUAACGAGAGCAGCCUAGUAAGAGUCUGUAUGGAUAGGAGGGAUAUUGUGUAUAUUGUAGGCACUCACCAAAUAUCUGUUGUGUGAAUGAAUGGAAAUCAGUAGGGCAACUGGUGAGUUUUUGGCUAAGCCUUAUGCACAGGAGCUUAAAACUAAGGCCAGUUGGGCCAGAACCCCAGUGGCCUCCUUGUUAUUGUGGCCUAAGGAAUCGGCCCCCUUAACUGGCCGGUUUGGGUUCCCCCCAUCUUAGCCUGGCUUAAUGCAAUGCGGGAAUCUUUAGGAGCUACAGGAAUUUUCCACAACCUUCUCCUGUUCUAGUGGCGUCCAAGAUUAGGACUGCUGGCUGAAAGUGAAAGGAGAGAGGGUGCCACCUCAGAAUGGAAGCCCAAGUUCUUUAGGUUAACAUGCAUUUUUCGUAUGUUUGUGUGCUUGCACAAAUACGUUUCUCCUCUCUCAUCUUAGACACUUAGCACAGGGUCUUGAUCCACAUUGAUCACAUUUUAUGACUUGGACUGGCAACUCCCCUCCAGGGAUGAGACCUAACCAGGGUGUUCAGGAAGCCAUUAAGGAAAAAUACGUAACCACACUCCUUCCCAAACUCAAUUGUUGGGUCUUCGCAGGGCUUGGAUAAGAGACUUUCAAGCAUAAUUAAUCCAAGUACUAUUUAACGUGGCCUUGGUGAUUCUUCAGAGCAGCUAUUGACCCAAAAGCAGCAUUUGGAGCAGCAAGAGGAGAGGGACCAUCUGGGCUAUUUUUGCUGAGCUUGUGAGGGUGUAAUUAUUCCCCACAGUCACUUGGUUCUUUGGGCAGCUUCCGGAGGCUUAAGGAAGUGCAAGCUCUUGGAUCCUUACACUUGAAGAAAAGAUUUUCCUUUGUUGUUUUGCCCGAUUCCCAGGGCCAGUCUUUGAAGUGGCCAAGGAUAGAUAUGUCUCAAUCUGUUUUUCUUGAUUAAAAGUAACAGUGCAAAUAAUGGGCUUCCUAAUUACCACAUGGGAUGGAGAAGGGGCUGAGAGGAAUAGGACACACAGCUAAGUUUCACUCCCCCCACAACCCGCACACCCACCCACCACCCAGUGGGGUUUUAAGCUUUGGAAUUUGGAAGUCCUUCCAACAUGCACAGAGAGCAGACAGCAUCUGCACCCUCUCCCAUCUCUCUGGAAGCCCUCAAGGUCCUGACGGCUGGUGCUGCUGCUCUGCUUUGCCAUAAGGUGGGGCAUUGAAAUUUGAAAUAUCUCCUUAUGCCUCUAGGAUUUGAGGACUGCUGAAUAUGAAACAUGCUUCUCAAAUCUUCAGUUUAGUAAAGUGAAGCUGUUGAGGAGGAAACUGUGAUGGAAUCACCGUCCGCAGUGUGCCCUCCAAAGAGGAAGUUCGGGGGACACUUGGUACACACAACCCACAGGGGUAUCUGAGGGCGCCCAGCCAAGACACACCCUUCCUGAGGCAUGGGGAAGACCCUGUGAGUGGUUCUGCCGUCGCACAGCCAUCCCCUCUUCAUGCCCUUGCCAAUGGCGGGCCUUACAGUUUCCAUUCCUGCUUUAUUUAGUGGUGCCUCCUGCUCCCUGCUGUUUGAAAAGCUGUUUAUGCUAACGAGCCAGGGAAGAUCUGAAGAGCUUGCUGUGCCUGUGCUGGUGAGAGGCCCUGUGUGUGUGUGUUGCCCCAUUAAUGAACCUUCGAAGGGCAACCCUUGUUUGUUUUGUCAUGGUGCCAAUUCCGGAGCCUCGUGCCAGAGUGUGCUGCCGAUGGUGAGCCCACCAUGUGGCCUUCUUCCUGCUGAGAGGAAAACACACUCCUUUUUCAAAGGGUCAUUUUGGAGAUGCCCAUUGAGGGAGACUUUCCUUCCCCAAGGCCGCCUCUCACCUGGCCGCUCCUGGCCUUCCCCAGCAUCCCGUGAACAGGUGGUGGGGUGACUGGAGAGCAGGGAUUUCCUCUUUCCAGGAAAGUUGGAUGGGUUUCCCCACUGCUGCCCCAGGACCAGAGAAAAGCAGCUGUCACAGGUUAUUCAUUUGUUUUCUCCUACAUCAGAUCUGUAUAAAAGAAAGCUUGAGGCCCGUGGCUGCUUCUCCUGCAUUCCUGAGACCGCUCAUGCAAGCAAAGAACCUGCCCGAGCGCCGUUUCUCUUGGGUUUUUGUGCAGCCUUGAGCUACAGCAGUUACUCCUGCUGUUCAAGUGACAUGUUCCGCUGACUCAGAACUGCUAAUAAGAAUUCAGGAACCCUUGUAGACACAUCAUCCUGUUCAACUAGUGGGCGUGGCUUUGAGAAGCCUUUCUUUGAGGAGAAGCCCCAGGAAUUCACUUGUGUCUAGUGCACACUGGAUCUCCCGCCCCACACAGGGUUGUAUUUAGGGAUUUCCUUGGGUCCUUGGAUUUGUUUCAUUGACCAGCUAUUUAGGAUGGCUGUAAUGAGGGCUGCCUCUGCUGUCUUCAGACUCUCUGUAAUUUUGGAAUAGGAAAUAAAUCUAAUAUGAUAAACCACAAAAAUCCUGAAAUACUAAGGUAUUAUACCUGAGCCUCAGAAUUAGGAUCAUUUGGUCUUUGGUGAUUAAUUAUUUGUCAUGUUGAGAUCAACACACUUCCACUACUGUUGUUUAAAUGUCUCUUAGAAGGAGAAGGUGUGCUGUUCACCAAGAGUUUUGUUCAUACUGCUUGCUCAGCAUGGUGCUAGGCGAUGAAUGGAAAUACAGGCUGAUUUUUGCCCUCAAGCAGCUUAUAAUCAAGUUGUAGAGAUAAAAGUAAUUGAAGUGAACCAAGGAAAAGUUCUUUCAGUGACAAACAGUGUGGUGGUGAUUACUGAGGAGUACAGAGAGGAGAGAGAUUGGUGUGGGCUUGACUGAUGGGAGGGGCUUUUAUGGCCUAAAUGGAACUUGAACUUGUGCUUCUUACAGAAUGCCCAAGGUUUGGAUAAAUGUUGAGGAAGAGAAAGGACAUCCAAAGGGCUUGGGCUGCAGGAACAGAGGCAAGAAUGCAUAAGAAUGUGGGGCUGAUGGGGAGGUGACCCUCCUGUUGAAGGAAAGUGAGAGAGAUGGUUGAGUGGUAGUGUAGGGUAGAUUUUUAGAGUAUAAGUUUGAAUGUUUUGACAUUGGCUCUUGCAUGGGGAAGGCACCAGAUGAAUAUGACCAUUUAUAUUGGGAGGGCUAGACUGGUCUUUCCUUUCUGUUUUCUGGAAUCAAAGAUGGUACCAAGAGUUCCAUCCAGAGAGACCAGGGCGGUCAGGGCGGGGCAGUUCCGUGUGGACAUGUUGAGCCAUGCUGAGUGUUGAGUGAUGGAAGGCUAGCCACUUACAGACAUCUUGUGGUCUGCUGAAAGUAUGAGAUGCAUAUUCAAGCGAUAAGUCAGGAAUGGAAAUUUUUGUUUUGGGAGUCAACUCAUAAUUUCGGUAAUUGAAACCACAGAAGUAGUUAAGGUAGUUGAUGUACAGAGAUAAGAGCAGAGAGCCAAGGGAAAGUAUGAUGAUGGUUAAAUACUAUAGGAGAACAGAGAGGAGAGAUUUCUGUGGGUUAAAGUAAUAGGGAGUUUUAUCGAGUAAGUGGAAAAGCACAUCCAUGGAGAGCUGUAAGAACGGGAAGAAGGGCAAGCAAUGUAGAGAGGUAGGAGGUAGGAAGGGAGCCAGAAAACUAGGUCAGAGAGGCACAGCAGGGAGCAAAUUUCAAGGUGGGAUGGUCAGCAGUUUUGAAUGCAGGGGAGAUUGAAGAAGGUGAAAGUAGAAGAGGAAAAACCAUUGGCUGCCAUGAGGAGGGCAUUGAUGCCCUUGGAGAGAGGACCAAAUCUUGGAGAUGUAGGGCCAUCUAACCCACCAGAAUCAGUGUCCAGCCCUCCCCUCCAGAGAGCCUGAUUCUGGGCUGGGACCUGGAAACUGUGUGUAUCUGCACUAAGCUCCACAGUUGGUUCUGCUGCACAACAGAGCUUGAGAACUCUUGAUGCAGUGUGGCUCUCUGUAAACAACGGGGGAGGAGGAGCUCACCUGGCUUUAGAAGACUGGUAUUGGGGAAGGUAAGCAGUGGGCAGAGUCCAUUUGUUUAAAGGAGUUGAGAUUCGAGGGAAGGACAGAGAGCAUUGUCUAACUGGCGGUGUAAGUGGGUCAGACUCUGAUCCAGGAGCUCAUGGGGUAAUGGAAUAUGGUAGAGAGUCAAGUGGGAGGGAUCACCAGUAAAAUCCUAUAAAGCCCUCGUAUUAAUCAUCACGGAAAGGACAACACAGCCCUGCCAUAGAAAUAACAGGCAAUUCACAAAAGAAAUAUAAAUUACCAAUAAGUAUCUGCAGAUGGGUUCUGUCUUCCUAGCAAAAAAUGUAAGUUAAAAUGAGAUGCCAUUCUUGCCUGCCAAAUUGACAUUUUUUUUUUUUAAACAAAAUAGUACUGACUAGUGAUGAAGGUGCAGGAAAAUGGAUGCUCAUGUGCCAAUGUGAGUGUGAUUUAGAAGAACUUUCCUAGAGGGCAGUUUGGCAUGUGCCAAGAGAGCCUUAAAUGUGCCUAGCUUUUGAGCCAGCAAUUCCACUUCCAGAAAUAUGUCCUAAGGAGGGAGAGACAGAACGUCCGUUAAGAGCCUGGGUUUCAGAGUAGUACAGGAGGCUUGCCUGGUUUCAGAGGCUGCCUUAGCUGGUAUGUGACUUGGGUAAGGUACUUAACCCUCUAAGCCUGACUUUCCUCAUCUGUAAAAUGGGCUGUUGCCCAGGUCAAAUGAAGUAGUGUAUGUUUAAAAAGUGCUUGGAACCAUGCCUGGCCCUACUAAAUGGGUAGUCAUGAAACUGCUACUUAUUUUUAUUAGUUAUUUUGUUAUUAUAUGUGCACAAAGAUUUACGAGAGUUUAUUGCAGUAUUAACAGCAGAAUAUUAGGAAUUGCCUAAAUGUCCAGUAAUAGAAUUUAGUGAAAUUAUGCUGUGUCCCUAGGAUGCAGUAUCUAUUCAGCCAUUAAUUCUAGCUUAUGAAGAAUAUUUAAUGUCAUGGGAAAACAUUCAUGCUAAAUUAAGUUAAAAGGGCAGUCCGCGUAAGGAGCAGUGCCAUCUGAGGUUGGUAAAGAAGACCUGUAACGAUCGACAUGCAGAGGAAAAAAGCCUGAAACGCUCUGCCUACCAUUGGUUCUCUGGCUGGUGGAAUUACAGGUGAUUUUUAUUUUAGCUGUUGAGUCUUUCUGCAUAUAUUCAAUUUUUUUUUUAUAAUGAACUCAUACUACUUUAAUCAGGAGAAAUUAUUUAAAAUAAAUUUAACAUCGUGAGAUGCCGGAUUGAAAUUGUGAUGGGCCAAAUGGCACGCUUUUACAUCAGCUCCUGGCUUUUGCUCUGCAGCCCAAUUGCAAGAAUGGAGAGAUCAGCAAUGAAUGGAGAGAUCAACAACGGGAUCUUUUGAGAGGGAUUUUGAGGAAGUUGGAGGAGAUGAAAGGUUUUGAGUGCUGCAAAGAAAGCAUUGAAGUAGUUGGUUACAGUUCAUGGGGGAAGGCACCCAGUUUACCGGGGAAAGCACCAAGGGGUGAGUGCAGAUAGGGUGGGUGAGCUGUGCACCUGCCAGGUGGUGGUGGUGGGGCACUUGAUGCAGUGGGUUAGUUAAAGCUGCUUUUGGUGAAAGGAGUGCUGCUUUACAUCUGAGAGGGGAUCAGUGCUUUAGGGUGAUCAAAUCCAGGUCAAGAGAGAACCAUUCAGGCCAGUGAUGGGCAAAGGAUGCUGGUCUUCUGUCUUCAGGAUAUGGUGGAAAGACCUCAGGGUGGAUGUUUAAGUACCUAUGUGUUGGGAUAUAAAUACUUGAGUAGCUGGUUAAAUUGCCCCAGAUGCUUUUUUAGAACAAGGCAGAGUAUAAGUAAUAGCUGGAUAGUUUUACUUUUUAUUAGCAUAUCCAUAGCUUUGGUGGUUGUUGAACUGUCGGUAUAUCUACAUAGAGAAUAAAAAAUUCUGUUCCCCUAAAUGCCAGCUCAUCUCUUCCAACACCCACAGACUGGGUUCCUAGACCUGGCUCUGCUUCUGAUCUCAUGACUCCCUCCUCUUCCCCUCCAUGACUGCACUGCAACCAGAGCAUCACUUUGGUUGUGGAUUCCCUGCAGGAUGGACUGAGCCAGCGCUUUUCACUUCCAGGCUGAUUUAUGUUGACUCUGGAAAGAGCACAGAUGCACUUAUUAGCAAACAUGAAGCCCAGGGCUGGCCGACUCUCUGCGCCUUCCGUGUAGUGGACCUCCUGCCACACGAGGGACCUGUUCGAGCAUGUGUAUAUUCUCUGACCUUGCCAUAGCUACGGAAUAAUUCUCAAGGCUACUGGGAAAUUGCUACCACGAGGAUGGAAUCUCACCUAUUUAUGCUUUAACACUUAUUGACUUACAGCAGCAAUAUACAAAUACAGUUAUUGUAUAAAGCGCAGAGUAGAAUUGGAUAUGGUUCUUGAGUAGAUUCCAAGCUCAACAGAUCAGAGUAUUAUUUCUUUGCCCCAUGUGAAUGAGGUUUCUACUUAGCUCAGAAUCUGGGCUGCCUUUGUUUUUUUGUUUUAGGAGGUGGGGAUAGUUUAUUCAUUGGCAUGUAUUUUUCUUUAAUAUGUUUUAGUCUAGGUUGAGCAAUGUUCAGCCUCGGUAGGUUGCUGGCGUUCUUCUUUUCUAUGGUGGCUUCCCUUGACCUUAUAUUUAGAACUGCCUUUCACCAAGUUAGGGAGAUCUGUCCUGAGUCAAGAUCAUGGAUGUUUUGGUUAAAUGUCUUUCAGUGUGUUACUUGAAAUUCUGCCCAAGUCAGAAUGGCCAUGUGUCUUGUCUGACUAGAGGGCUUUUUCUAGAAGCUGUUGGCUGGAGGGGAGGAAGACCAGUUUUCUGUUCUUGUCUGUUUCUACCUCCCAGCCCGGCCUCACUGCCUCCCUCCUCACAAAGCUGCCAGCGGUCAGUUUCAUGUGAAGAUAAGGAUAUAGGGAUGAGGGAUAGUUGGCUGUUCAUAUGUAUUUGUGCAGGUUCAAUAUGUAGAAUACUUACACCGGACAACUUUUUUUUCCUCUUUGUUUUGACAUAAUUUCAGAUGUACAGGAGAGUUGUAAUAAUAGAACAAAGAAUUUUCAUGUAUACUUCAUCUGGAUACCCCCAUGUUAACAUUAACUCAUAGUCUGUCUGUCUGUCUGUAUACACACACACACAAACAUACACUCACAGUGUUUUCCCAAACCAGUUGAAAAUUAAGACAUCAUGUCCCUUCGUCUCUAGAUAUAUCACUGUUUUUCUUAAAAAACAAAGACAUUCUCUUAUAUAACCACACUGCAGUUAUAAUUAGGAAAUUAACAUUCGUAUACUACUGUUAUUCAAUCUACGGACCUUCUUCAGAUUUUGCCAGUCGUCCCAAUUGUGCCCUUUGUAGGAAGAGAAAAUCCCAGAUUGUGUUACGUUCAUUUGUCACGUCUCUUCAGUCUCCUUUCAUCUGAAACACUUCUUUAGUCUGUCUGUUUCAUGAUGCUGACAUUUUGAAGAGCAUAGGACAUUUUGUAGACUGUCCUCAAUUUGGAUUUGUUUGGUGUUUCCUCAGGAUUAGAUUCAGGUUUUGCCUUUUUGGCAGGAAUGUCAAAGAAGGGGAUGUUGUGUUCUCAGUGCAUCCUCUCAGGGGCACAUGAUGUCUAUUUGUCUCGUUCUUGGUGAUGUUAACUUUGAUAAUGUGCUGAAGGUGGUGCCUUCUAGGUUUCUCCACUGUAAAGUUAUUGUUUUUUCUUCUGUAGUUAAUAAGUAUCUUGUAGGGAGAUGCUUUGAGACUGUGUAAAUAUCCUGUUACUACUCCAAACUUUCAUCCACUGGUUUUAGUAUGUGUUGAUUCCUUCCUGAAUGGUUUAUUAUUAUGAUGGUUACCAAAUGGUGAUCUUCUAACUCCACAGUUCCUUCUGCAUUUGUUAGUUGGAUUUCUCCUCUAAGGAAGAACUUUCCCUAAUCCCACAUUUUUUUUUAAUUUAUGAAAGUACAGAAUUAUAGAUUCUUAUUUCAUACGUUGGGUAGUAAUCCUUUACUCUGAUGUAAUUCUCUUGUUCAAAUUGUCCCACGUUUAGGGAGUGGGAGCCCCUGCAACCUGCUCCUGUAUCCUUUUGGCACAGUCUUUUCAUUCUUAGAGUCAUUCCUUGUGUUCUGGCUCAAAAAAAAUGCUCAAGGCUCAUCUUUCACUCUCCCUGCCCCAGUCCAAGAAUUGGCCAUUUCUCAAUGGAACCCUGGUUCUGUUUCGUGGAGAAUGGUUACCCCAGGCAUUUCUUCUCUUAAGAGGAAAAGAAACGUGUUAAAGGAUCAUCUUUUUUCCUCUCAAAGUGUUAUAAUUUCUCCCAAUACCUUAAUUUUCCCCAUAGUUUUAUUGAGCACCUAUUACAUCUUGGAUGUGGAGAAUACAGUGCCUGCUCUCAGGGUGCUCACAGCCUAGUGGCAGAGAUAGAGCAGUCAACAGAUAAUUCCACUAGUAUGAUAACCCCAACUUGCAGCAGAUCACUGAACACUGUGUGAUCACAGAGGAGGAGGUUAAAGCAGACUGAGUAACUCGAUUGAUAACCAAGGACUGAAAAGAGUCUUCACCCUUCAGAGGACCUGGGAGGCUGCCUGAUGGAACCUCCUGGCUAGAGCAAAAUCCCCUUCUCCAUUCGUGAAAUCAGGGAGAGCAGUAUUUCAGAGUCUACAUUCCAUUUGGGAACUUUGAUCAUCUUGAGAAGGGUUUUCAUUUAUAUUGAACUGAGCUGCAAUUCUGUAUAAAUUCCCCCUCAUGACUCCUACUUAAAUCCUAAAGCUAGGUAGAAGACAUGUAAGUAGUCCUCACUGUUGUCAGGCAAGCCUUCCCAGAGUUGAGGACGGUUGGCUUGCUCUGCAGUGGGAGUUUUCUUUUCUGCACUCUUGCACACCAGAGUCUGCAUUCGGACCAGGCUCCAGUUUGUUUGUCACCCCCUCUUGUGAGAUUGUCCCAAGUGGGAAAUCAGAACAUUCUCCGUGCAGACAGAGAAAAGGAUUGGGCUGUUAACCUGCUGAGUUUCAACAGGUAGUGUGUAUAGGUGGCCAGAGGACACAUUUACAUCCUUGGCCACCAUGUCAGCUCUGGGCUUCCACUGAUUUUCUGGCGAAGUAACACCCACAGGUAUUUUUGGCAUGAACUCCUGUUAAUCCAAGUCUCUUCCAUCUUCAGUUGGUUUUACGAAUUGCCUAAGCUUAAAUACAAGGCAUCCUAUUUAUCCUUUGAAAAUGCCAUCUUGUUUGUUUGAGCUUGUCGUUCCAACUUGUGGAGAUAUUCCUUUUACUCUUGAUCUCAGCAUUUAGCAUGUUAGUUAGUCCUCUUAGCUUUGUGUGCUCUGCAAAUUGGUGUGUGUGCUUGGUCUCAUCCCUCAAGUUUUUGAUUUAAAUGAAGGGAACAGGGACAAGACUGAACUCUGAGGCAUGUCACUGGACACACUAACCUUUAAAUGGCGACGUCAAGUAAUGGCAUCCACCAGCUAUAAAAUCGUCUGGACUUUAUUAUCUGAAACACAUUUUGCUGUCCUGGAUACAAAGAAAUGAUAAACUUUGGGAUCCUUUAUUAAAAUAAAAAACUCUCUACUGUGUUUUUCAGAUCAUUGAACCUAAGUGAGGUUAUUUUUCCGUUUAUUUUAUGUGAAUUUUCUUACUGGAUUUACAGCUAAUUGCUAAUUCAUCUGGACCACUUUUUUUCUUUUUUCCUAGAUGCUAUUCAGCAACUGUUGAAUCUGUUCUAAAAGUAUGAGGAAACUGCUCUCUCUCUCUAUAUAUAUAUAAAAUCUACAACAUAUCCUUUUAAACUUAAUAUCAUUCCUUUAUCCAAAACAAUGUACAUACACAUCACUCUUUCCCCUUCUCUUGCUUUAUAUUAUUUCUGACUGCUUUUCACCACUUAGCGUUACAUUUGUUUUCAGUCUCUUCCCCAACAAGAAUGUAAGCUAAGCCCUGUUUAUUAUUGAUUCCCUGGCAUCUGACACAUAGUAGGGGCGCAGUAAAUACUGAAUGAAUGAGUGAAUGAAUGAAUACAUUUCUUGAUCUAUAGUUUCUGGAGUCUACCUUUUUUCUUUAAAAAAAGUUCAAGUUAAUGGGCCUGCCACACUGUUCUUUGCAACAGCUUCCCCCACUCCCUUUAUCCUCUCUCUUCUGUGUGAAGACUUUAAACCAUUUUGAUCUCUCCUCCCCCCACCACUCCCAAGCCAAAAAGUGCGUGUGUGUGAAUUGGCGAUGUUCUUUAACAUAGCCGUCCUGGUAUCCCAUGAUCUUAGGACAGUCCCCAGGUACAUAAAGAUUGAAUGUGAAUGUAGGCGUGGAUGUAGGGACGUUCUGGAGUUCUCUUUGAGAAAUCGACACUAAAGAAAAAUGUAGGAGAGUGGUGAAGAGCACAGACUCCACAGCCAGACUAUGGUUUUGUCUCUAGGCUGCACAACCUUGGGCAACCUCAGUUUUCCCAUCUUUAAAGUGGGGAUGAAAACAGCAUCCAUCUCAUAGAGUGGUUAUGAGCGGACCGAGAUGGUGCUCUACCCACAGGCCUUGACAUGAUGUCUAACUCGAGAAGGAAUGGCUUCCCUUAUGAUGGUUUUAAUUUUAAAAAGCUUUGGGAAAUACAUGUACAAAGGAGGCAAUGGAGUUGCCCAUAACCUCGUCCCCUAGCAGUUAUCACUGUACAGAGUUUGAUACGAAUCUCCUGUAUGUCCAUACACAGACCUUCCCUUGCCAUCCUGUGUGAUCAUUUUCCCACCCCUGUAAAUAGUUUCUUUAAAAAAAUGAUAGUUUAUAACAUCCUAUGGAACUCUAUGUACUGUAAUUUAGAGAGUCCUUUGUUUUGCCAGAUUAUUUCCUUUGUUUUUUUUUCUGUUGAAAAUGUUGUGAUGAAUAAUCUUCUAUCGCUAUGCAUAUCUUGAGUUAUUUCCUAGAAUGGGAGAAUUGCUGAUUCAAAGGGCUUGUGCAUUUUUGAGGCUUUUGAGCCUUCCUGCCAAAUUGCCUUCAGGAAGAUGGUGCCAUUGCAUCGCCUCCAGCAGAGCAGGGAGCUCCUGGAAACCGCGUUGCUUGCCUGCCGCGUGCUUCUCUCUGGUGAUGCGCGUGGGUUAUUCACGGAGGCAACAGUUCCUCGCUGUCUCGAUUCUCUCUUUGUUUUUCUUUUCUUCCUCUUUGUUUCCUUUCUUGGUUUUCUGCCAAACAGCCUCUUGUGAAAGGACCGCCUAAUUAACCCUGUGCUAAUUAACAAUUUAAAAUUACACAGUGCGACUGUUCAUGUUUAAUUCUCCGGGAGCUGGAGCAACAGAGGGAGCCCCCUCCUCUUUGUAAUAACUCCCUCCCCUCUCUCCCAGAUUCCAUGUAACUGUUGCAUCGAACCCAGUCUUGUCUCCUUCAAGGAAUGUGAUAAAACUGUCACAUCGCAUCUUCUCAGUUGAAAGAGGGAAAUGGACGACUUUGUUAAAGGGGGGCCCCAGGGUAACAUCGCGCAGUUUUAUUAUUUUAAACAAUCUUUGAAAAAUAAAAACUGCUAUUUGCAAAGAUGCAGGGUCCUUUACAGGUGGGUUCCAAGGAAACUAAACUUGUGAGAGGAGCGAGAGUAGGGGCUCUUGAUGAAGAUGUUGGAACUUUUCUAUACAAGAUUAUGCAUCAAAUGGCAGAUUUAAGCACUAAGGAGAGUGUGCACAAAGUCACUCCUGUAUCUUCUCUUUAACUCUCUUAGUGUAGAGAUUUGCUCUAUUGAUAUCUAACUGAAUUCUUAAAACCACAUAAAAACCCAUGUUGAGUACAAUAUUGGGUGGUCAUGAAUGCAUCUGUGUUUAACGGGAAUUUUGGGGUGUAAACGGCUAAGGGAGGCAGGCUGCAGAGACAAUUGAGGGUUGUGAUGUGCGAGCUGGCCCUGGUGUGAGUGAAGGGUGAGGAAGGGGCGCCUUCCUUCAGAGCCAGGGUUGGGGUUUCUGAACAGGGCUGCUGGCGGGGCUGGCUGUGAGAGCGUGGGACCCGCUGGGUUCCCAGGCUGUCCUCUGUAACUGAAGAUCAUUGAUUUUACGGGAAACCGUGUUUACAGACAGAGUGCUGAUCGACCUGCCGAGUUGACUUCUGCUUCCUUAAGUAAGAACUACCUUUUUCUUAUUGACUGGCUGAUAAACAGCGCGAGAGGGAUGGCCUGCCUGGUAGGAGGGUGGUGGACGGCCCGAGGACCUUAAACUGAAGGAUUGGGUGGUUUAAGAGAUUUCUUCAACUCUGUGCUGCCAUCUCCUCUUGUCUAUCCCUGUGGCUCCCAGGGCCCAGUCGGGGAGCCCAGGACUGACCCUGCCUGGUUACCUAGCAAUAGAGACACCAAGCAUGGAUGAGUUGGCAAUCUGGUGAAGAUGUCAUGAAGCAGAGUGUGUCGCGUGCUUUAAUUGUGUACGUCCCCUGGGGAUCAGGUUAAAAUGCAGAUUCUGAUUUGGGGUCAGACUGAGAGCCUGCAUUUCUCAUAGGCUCCACUUGUCCAUGAACCACACUUAGCAAGGUUGUAAACAGUCUUGCUUGUCAUGGCCAGCGCGCAUGGAAAAGAAGCCCAGAGCAGACACCUUAGAUCCUGAAGUAGGAUCCUUCUUUGCCAUGGGUGUCUUAACAGGCAGUCAUUCCCUACGAAUGAGUGGUCUCCCACUUGUCCCCUCUUGUGAGGCUGGCAUCACCACUAUGAGGUCGUCUGACUUUUGGAGGUGGCCACAGUGUCAUCUUUUCUUGACACCUUUUGCCUGGGAGUAGAAAACAAAGUUAGGUGAGUUUUUAAAAGUCCCAGCCCCUUGGCUGGAUGAUUUGUAGAGGAAGAGGAGGAAGAAGAGAGCAGAGCAAGAAAAGCCCACCAAUUAAUUGGUAAACGCUUGCAGGUUUCUCUUGCCCAGCCCAGGCUGGAGAGGAGAUUGGCUUUGCUGUCGAUACACAAGUCCCUGGUGAAGCAUCAAAGCUGUUCUCCUUUAUCAAUCGUGGCCUCCCCUUCCCGCAUGUUCCUGUAACUUACCAAGCAUUUAUGACAUUGAUUUUACAAUCGGGCUGUUAACCCUCCCGCCCCUUCAGGCCUGCCAACCUUUUUGGCCCCAGCUGUCAAUCAGAUGCCGUCCAGCCAAUCAGGCGUGUCCUUAAGAAGAGCCACCCUGGAUUCUCACCUGUAUCCUAGCUAAGCCUUUCGAGGAAGCCCGAUCGCAUCUGCUGUUUGGUUUAGUGUAGUCGUCUUUGUUUAAAAUCAAUAUGUCUUUUCUAAGGCACACGGAACCUUGUUGUAAUGGAGUUUGAAGUUAUAAACAGAGAGUUGGGGUGUGUGUGUUUUAAACAAAACAUGACACAUUCUUCCAAAAAGUUAUUUCUCCUGAGACUUCUGGUAAACCUGCCUUCCCUGUCUUUUCCCGAGGGGGAGCUGUUGGCUCACUGUGCAGUCAAGCAUCAAGAAAUGAAAAAAGAAUGGGAAGAUGGGGCUUGGGAGGGGAGGAGGGUGGGCAAAACCCGCCAAAACCUUCCUCCGCUGUGUAUGAAUGAGGUGGUGGGUGGAGAAGCAGCCAAAUGUUCUCUAGGAAGGAGGCCCGGGAGUUGCAGGCGACUGAUCAGGGCUGGGGGAGGUGCUGAGUUGCCUGUAGGAGCAGUGCUGGGACGGAAGAAGUGCCCCUGUGAUGCUGUUGCCCCAGGAGCAGAGUGGCAGCCAGUGAUCUGAUGCCCCCCUCCCCAGGAGACGAAGUCUCAGAGGGCAAAUUCAGCUCAGUGGUACUUUAGAGUCGGAAACGGAAAAGCCCUAGGGCUGAAGGACAGCUGCUUGGGUAACAACUAAUAACUAAUAAUAACUAAGAGGCAGGUAUGGAAUCAGGGCUGGCCAAGCCCAGCUGCUGUCUCGACUUGCUGCUCAGAUCCUUGACAGCAAAAACUACCCAGUCCCAGUGGUGACGGGGCUUCGUCCAGACAGGGCUCCAUCCACGCUGCUGGAGGGGGAGUCAGCUGAUUGGGAGUCUGGGUGGUUCUUCCUAGAAACAUCGAACUCAUGUUUUGCACCUACAUUAUUUUAGUCUGAAGCCAGCUGAGCCACAAACAAGGGUGUUCUACCGGUUGAGGGGAGGAGAUGGGAAUUCGGAGAUCUGUCUUCUCUGUUUCACAGUGUCGGGGUGGCAGGGGGCUCGUUUUUAGAUUUAGCCCUUCAGUUUUACUGUUUGUAAAAUGGGACGAUGCUUCCCAGAUCCGAGAGGAUGAAUUCAGCCAUCGGCCCUGAUGGGGCUUUGCAGAGUGUGUCUAGGCCUGCACAUGUGUCCUCUGAGCUAUGCAGCCCUCAAACUCUUCUUUGAACUUCUCAAACUAGAAACGUGGUCGGUAAAAGCAACAGCAGCAACUUUGCCUUUAAAUCAAUCAGUGUGACCCCACUCAGGUUUGCCAUCCUUUUUCUCGGGGCGCAAAAAUCUUCUUCCUCUCGUUCGGCCCUGCCCGUUGACCCCCUGGCCCACACUCAGCGUGGGCAGCGGGGGGAGACUUUUCCUUGGCCGUCUGUAUGUGGGGGGGCUGCCAUUCUGCAACCUCGGCGGGCCGGCGAGACAACACGGUUCUCCUCCGCUGUGGCUCGGCGCCCGCGCCUGACUCUAACGCUGUGCUUGCAAAGAACGGAAAUUGGAACUGGCCUCCAGGGGUGGAGCGGCCGACAAUCUGAAGACAAAGAGGGAUGCGCCUGAUGCCCCCUUCCCCGCGCCCCCUGCUCGAGCCACGGACCUCGGCCGUGACCCCCAGGGGUGCCGCCCGCCCUCUGCGAGUUGGACGGCGUGGGGCGAUCGCUGGGGUGCCUGCUGCCCCUCUGGUCUCUGUUGUGGGUGUGGACAGAAGCCUGUUAGAGUGCUCCGUGCGGGACCUUAGCCUCGGCCCUCCUAACCUCUUUCCUUUCUCUCUCUCUUCCCCCUCUCUCCCUCCUCUCCCCCUUGCCUCCGCUCUUCAGGUCCGAUCCGUACUGGGUGCAAUGAAAGCUCCACGCAGGCCUUACCAUGGAAGGCUGUGACUCGCCCGUCGUCUCGGGGAAGGACAAUGGGUGCGGUAUCCCUCAGCACCAGCAAUGGACUGAACUCAACAGCACCCACCUCCCCGACAAACCCAGUAGCAUGGAGCAGUCCACAAGUGAGACCCACGGGCCCCUGGACAGCCUGAGGGCCCCCUUCAAUGAGCGCCUGGCGGAGAGCAGCGCCUCGGCCGGCCCGCCCGCCGCCGAGCCGGCCGGCAAGGAGGUCAGCUGCAACGAGUGCUCGGCCUCCUUCGCCAGCCUGCAGACCUACAUGGAGCACCACUGCCCCAGCGCACGCCCCCCGCGGCCCCUGCGCGAGGAGAGCGCGAGCGACACCAGUGAGGAGGGGGACGAGGAGAGUGACGUGGAGAACCUGGCUGGGGAGAUAGUCUACCAGCCGGACGGCUCGGCGUACAUUGUCGAGAGCCUGAGCCAGCUGACCCAGGGCGGGGGCGUCUGUGGCGGUGGCAGCGGGCCUCUCCCUUCGCUCUUCCUGAACUCUCUCCCCGGGGCGGGGGGCAAACAAGGGGACCCUUCUUGUGCUGCACCAGUCUACCCACAGAUCAUCAACACUUUCCACAUAGCCUCAUCCUUCGGGAAAUGGUUUGAGGGCCCAGACCAGGCUUUCCCGAAUACCUCAGCCCUGACGGGGCUCAGCCCCGUCCUGCACAGCUUCCGCGUUUUUGACGUGCGACACAAAAGCAACAAGGAUUACCUGAACAGCGACGGCUCUGCCAAAAGCUCCUGCGUAUCCAAAGAUGUUCCCAACAAUGUGGACCUGUCCAAAUUCGAUGGCUUUGUGCUCUACGGCAAGAGGAAGCCCAUCCUGAUGUGUUUCUUGUGCAAGCUCUCCUUCGGGUACGUCCGUUCGUUUGUGACCCACGCGGUGCACGACCAUCGAAUGACCCUGAGUGAAGACGAGCGGAAAAUUCUUAGCAAUAAGAACAUCUCCGCUAUCAUCCAAGGGAUUGGCAAAGACAAGGAACCCCUUGUAAGUUUUCUGGAACCAAAAAACAAAAACUUUCAACACCCUUUAGUUUCCACAGCUAACCUCAUAGGCCCCGGACACAGUUUUUAUGGUAAAUUUAGUGGCAUUCGAAUGGAAGGGGAGGAGGCUCUCCCAGCCGGCUCUGCCGCCGGCCCCGAGCAGCCCCAGGCUGGUAUCUUGACUCCCAGCACCCUCUUGAACCUUGGCGGGCUCACCAGCUCGGUCCUGAAGACCCCCAUUACCUCAGUCCCCUUGGGGCCUCUGGCCUCUAGUCCUACCAAAUCCUCAGAGGGCAAGGACUCUGGGGCAGCAGAAGGAGAGAAGCAAGAAGUGGGUGAUCCGGAUUGCUUCUCCGAGAAAGCAGAGCCAGCCGAGGAGGAGGCGGAGGAGGAAGAGGAGGAAGAAGAGGCAGAGGAGGAAGAGGAAGAGGAAGAAGAGGAAGAAGAGGAGGAGGAAGACGAGGGUUGCAAAGGACUCUUUCCAAGUGAGUUGGACGACGAACUGGAGGACAGGCCCCACGAGGAGUCUGGGGCCGCAGCAGGUAGCAGCAGCAAAAAGGACCUUGCUCUCUCAAACCAAAGCAUUUCUAACUCCCCCUUAAUGCCUAAUGUGCUCCAGACCCUGUCGAGGGGCGCAGCUUCUACUAGUUCUAAUUCCGCUUCUUCCUUUGUUGUCUUUGAUGGUGCGAACAGGAGGAAUCGUUUAAGCUUUAACAGUGAGGGCGUCAGGGCCAAUGUGGCAGAGGGCGGCAGGAGGCUGGACUUUGCUGACGAAAGUGCCAAUAAAGACAAUGCCACAGCACCAGAACCAAAUGAAAGCACAGAGGGCGACGAUGGGGGCUUCGUUCCCCAUCACCAGCACGCUGGCUCCCUCUGCGAGCUUGGGGUUGGGGAGUGCCCCUCGGGGAGUGGUGUGGAGUGCCCCAAAUGCGACACGGUCCUGGGCUCCUCCCGCUCGCUGGGUGGCCACAUGACCAUGAUGCAUUCUCGUAACUCGUGUAAGACACUCAAGUGCCCCAAGUGCAACUGGCACUAUAAGUACCAGCAGACGCUGGAGGCACACAUGAAGGAGAAGCACCCCGAGCCGGGGGGCUCCUGUGUCUACUGCAAAAGCGGGCAGCCCCACCCUCGGUUGGCACGAGGCGAGAGCUACACGUGUGGUUACAAGCCUUUCCGCUGUGAGGUGUGUAACUACUCCACAACUACCAAAGGCAAUCUCAGUAUUCAUAUGCAGUCCGACAAGCAUCUCAACAACAUGCAGAACCUGCAGAACGGAGGGGGCGAGCAGGUCUUCAGCCACACGGCUGGGGCGGCGGCUGCGGCAGCUGCAGCGGCGGCCGCGGCGGCCAAUAUCGGUAGCUCCUGUGGGGCCCCCUCGCCCACCAAACCAAAAACCAAACCCACCUGGCGGUGCGAGGUGUGCGAUUACGAGACCAACGUGGCUAGGAACCUCCGCAUCCACAUGACCAGUGAGAAGCACAUGCAUAACAUGAUGUUGCUGCAGCAGAACAUGACCCAGAUCCAACACAACCGCCACCUGGGCCUUGGCAGCCUGCCCUCACCCGCCGAGGCCGAGCUUUACCAAUACUACCUGGCCCAGAACAUGAACCUGCCCAAUCUGAAGAUGGACAACGCUGCCUCAGACGCCCAGUUCAUGAUGAGUGGAUUCCAGCUGGAUCCCGCCGGGCCCAUGGCCGCCAUGACGCCUGCUCUAGUGGGCGGUGAGAUCCCUCUAGACAUGCGGCUCGGGGGCGGACAGCUGGUGUCAGAGGAGCUGAUGAACCUGGGUGAGAGCUUCAUCCAGACCAACGACCCGUCACUGAAGCUCUUCCAGUGCGCCGUCUGCAACAAGUUCACCACGGACAACCUGGACAUGCUGGGGCUGCACAUGAACGUGGAGCGCAGCCUCCCGGAGGACGAGUGGAAGGCCGUGAUGGGGGACUCGUACCAGUGCAAGCUCUGCCGCUACAACACCCAGCUCAAGGCCAACUUCCAGCUGCACUGCAAGACGGACAAGCACGUGCAGAAGUACCAGCUGGUGGCCCACAUCAAGGAAGGCGGCAAAGCCAAUGAGUGGCGGCUCAAGUGUGUGGCCAUUGGCAACCCCGUCCACCUCAAGUGCAAUGCCUGUGACUACUACACCAACAGCUUGGAGAAGCUGCGGCUGCACACGGCCAACUCCAGGCAUGAGGCCAGCCUGAAGUUGUACAAGCACCUGCAGCAGCACGAGAGUGGCGUGGAGGGUGAGAGCUGCUACUACCACUGCGUCCUGUGCAACUACUCCACCAAGGCCAAGCUGAACCUCAUCCAGCACGUGCGCUCCAUGAAGCACCAGCGCAGCGAGAGCCUGCGCAAGCUGCAGCGGCUGCAGAAGGGCCUUCCGGAGGAGGACGAGGACCUGGGGCAGAUCUUCACCAUCCGCAGGUGCCCCUCCACCGACCCAGAAGAAGCCAUUGAAGAUGGUGAAGGGCCCAGUGAAACAGCUGCUGAUCCAGAGGAGGUUGCUAAAGACCAAGAGAGUGGAGGCGAGAAGGACCAGAGCAAGUGGACAGCAUCGUCCAGCCAAGCAGAGAAGGAGCUGACAGAUUCUCCUGCAACCUCCAAACGCAUCUCCUUCCCAGGUAGCUCAGAGUCUCCUCUCUCUUCAAAGCGACCAAAAACAUCUGAGGAGACCAAGCCGGAGCAGAUGUACCAGUGUCCCUACUGCAAGUACAGCAACGCCGACGUCAACCGGCUCCGGGUGCAUGCCAUGACGCAGCACUCAGUGCAGCCCAUGCUUCGCUGCCCCCUGUGCCAGGACAUGCUCAACAACAAGAUCCACCUCCAGCUGCACCUCACCCACCUCCACAGCGUGGCACCAGACUGCGUGGAGAAGCUCAUUAUGACGGUGACCACCCCUGAGAUGGUGAUGCCCAGUAGCAUGUUCCUCCCAGCGGCUGUUCCAGAUCGAGACGGGAACUCCAAUUUGGAGGAGGCAGGAAAGCAGCCUGAAACCUCAGAGGAUCUGGGAAAGAACAUCUUGCCCUCUGUGAGCACAGAGCAUGGUGGAGAUUUAAAACCCUCUCCUGCUGACCCAGGCUCGGUGAGAGAAGACUCAGGCUUCCUAUGCUGGAAGAAGGGGUGCAACCAGGUUUUCAAAACUUCUGCCACUCUUCAGACACACUUCAAUGAGGUUCAUGCCAAGAGGCCUCAGCUGCCUGUGUCAGAUCGCCACGUGUACAAGUACCGCUGUAAUCAGUGCAGCCUGGCUUUCAAGACCAUUGAAAAGCUGCAGCUCCAUUCUCAGUACCAUGUGAUCAGAGCUGCCACCAUGUGCUGUCUUUGUCAGCGCAGUUUCCGAACUUUUCAGGCUCUGAAAAAACACCUUGAGACAAGCCACUUGGAGUUGAGUGAGGCCGAUAUCCAGCAGCUUUAUGGUGGCCUUCUGGCCAAUGGGGACCUCCUGGCAAUGGGAGACCCCACCCUGGCCGAGGAUCACACCAUAAUUGUUGAGGAAGACAAGGAGGAAGAGAGUGACUUGGAAGACAAACAGAGCCCAACAGGCAGUGACUCUGGGUCAGUACAAGAAGACUCAGGCUCAGAGCCGAAGAGAGCUCUACCUUUCAGAAAAGGCCCCAACUUCACCAUGGAAAAAUUUCUAGACCCUUCUCGCCCUUACAAGUGUACGGUCUGCAAGGAAUCUUUCACUCAAAAGAACAUCCUGCUAGUGCACUACAAUUCUGUCUCCCACCUGCAUAAGUUAAAGAGAGCCCUUCAAGAAUCGGCAACUGGUCAGCCAGAACCCACCAGCAGCCCAGACAACAAACCGUUCAAGUGUAACACUUGUAACGUGGCUUACAGCCAGAGUUCCACUUUGGAGAUCCACAUGAGGUCUGUGCUGCAUCAAACCAAGGCUCGGGCAGCCAAGCUGGAGGCUGCAAGUGGCAGUAGCAAUGGGACUGGGAACAACAGCAGUGUCUCCCUGAGCAACUCCACCCCAAGUCCUGUGAGCACCAGUGGCAGUAAUACCUUUACCACCACCAAUCCAAGCAGUGCUGGCAUCACUCCGAGCUCCAGCUUACUGAGCCAAAUGUCCACCGAAAGUGUAGGGAUGCCGCCCCUGGGGAAUCCCAUCAGUGCCAAUAUUGCUUCCCCUUCAGAGCCCAAAGAGGCCAAUCGGAAGAAGCUGGCAGAUAUGAUUGCAUCCAGGCAGCAACAGCAGCAGCAGCAACAGCAGCAGCAGCAACAACAAGCACAGACACUGGCCCAGGCCCAAGCUCAAGUUCAAGCUCACUUGCAGCAAGAGCUGCAGCAACAGGCUGCCCUGAUCCAGUCUCAGCUAUUUAACCCCACCCUCCUGCCUCACUUCCCCAUGACCACUGAGACCCUGCUGCAACUGCAGCAGCAGCAGCAUCUCCUGUUCCCCUUCUACAUCCCCAGUGCUGAGUUCCAGCUCAACCCCGAAGUGAGCUUGCCAGUGACCAGUGGGGCACUGACACUGAGUGGGACAGGUCCAGGCCUGCUGGAAGAUCUGAAGGCUCAGGUUCAGAUCCCACAGCAGAGCCACCAGCAGAUCCUGCAGCAGCAGCAGCAGCAGCAGCAGCAACAACAACAACAAAGCCAGCUCUCUCUGUCCCAGAGUCACUCUGCCCUCCUGCAGCCAAGCCAGCACCCUGAGAAGAAAAACAAAUUGGUCAUCAAAGAAAAGGAAAAAGAAAGCCAGAGGGAGAAGGACAAUGCUGAAGGAGGAGAGGGCAAUGUGGGACCAAAGGAAUCCCUGCCAGAUGCCUUGAAGGCCAAAGAGAAGAAAGAGUUGGCACCAGGGGGUAGUUCUGAGCCUUCCAUGCUUCCUCCACGUAUUGCCUCGGAUGCCAGAGGGAAUGCCACCAAGGCCUUGUUGGAGAACUUUGGCUUUGAGCUGGUCAUUCAGUACAACGAGAACAAACAGAAGGUGCAGAAGAAGAAUGGGAAGACGGAACAGGGAGAGAAUCUGGAAAAGCUCGAGUGUGAUUCCUGUGGCAAGAUGUUUUCCAACAUCUUAAUUUUAAAGAGUCAUCAAGAGCACGUUCAUCAAAAUUACUUUCCUUUUAAACAGCUGGAGAGGUUUGCCAAACAGUACAGAGAGCACUAUGAUAAACUGUACCCACUGAGGCCCCAAACCCCAGAGCCACCACCACCUCCCCCUCCACCCCCACCACCCCCACUUCCUGCAGCACCGCCUCAGGCAACUUCCACCCCAGCCAUCCCUGCAUCAGCUCCACCCAUCACUUCACCUACAAUUGCACCGGCCCAGCCAUCCGUUCCGCUCACGCAGCUCUCCAUGCCCAUGGAACUGCCCAUCUUCUCACCGCUGAUGAUGCAGACAAUGCCGCUGCAGACCUUGCCAGCUCAGCUGCCCCCUCAGCUCGGACCUGUGGAGCCUCUGCCUGCUGACCUGGCCCAGCUGUACCAGCAUCAGCUCAAUCCAAGCCUGCUCCAGCAGCAGAACAAGAGGCCUCGCACCAGGAUCACGGAUGACCAGCUCCGAGUCCUGAGGCAGUAUUUUGACAUUAACAACUCCCCCAGUGAAGAACAGAUCAAAGAGAUGGCGGACAAGUCUGGGUUGCCUCAGAAAGUGAUCAAGCACUGGUUCAGAAACACUCUCUUCAAAGAGCGGCAGCGGAACAAGGACUCCCCUUACAACUUCAGCAAUCCUCCUAUCACCAGCCUAGAGGAGCUCAAGAUUGACUCCCGGCCGCCUUCACCGGAGCCUCAGAAGCAGGAGUACUGGGGAAGCAAGAGGUCUUCAAGAACAAGGUUUACUGACUACCAGCUGAGGGUUCUACAGGACUUCUUUGAUGCCAAUGCUUACCCAAAGGACGAUGAAUUUGAGCAACUGUCUAAUUUACUGAACCUUCCAACCCGAGUCAUAGUGGUGUGGUUUCAAAAUGCCCGACAGAAGGCCAGGAAAAACUACGAGAAUCAGGGAGAGGGCAAAGAUGGAGAGCGGCGUGAACUUACAAAUGAUAGGUACAUUCGAACGAGCAACCUGAACUACCAGUGCAAAAAAUGCAACCUGGUGUUUCAGCGUAUCUUUGAUCUCAUCAAGCACCAGAAAAAGCUGUGUUAUAAGGAUGAGGAUGAGGAGGGACAGGAUGACAGCCAAAAUGAGGAUUCCAUGGACGCAAUGGAAAUCCUGACGCCCACCAGCUCCUCCUGCAGUACCCCAAUGCCCUCACAGGCUUAUAGCGCCCCAGCUCCAUCAGCCAGUACAGCUUCUUCGGCUUUCUUGCAGCUUACAGCAGAGGCUGAUGAACUGGCCACCUUCAGUUCAAAAAUAGAGGCGAGUGAUGAGAAACCAAAGCAAGCUGAACCUCCCAGUGCACAGCCAACCCAAACCCAAGAAAAGCAAGGACAACCAAAGGCAGAGCUGCAGCAGCAAGACCAGCCUGAGCAGAAGACAAACACAGCCCAGCAAAAGCUCCCACCACUGACUUCUGCGCCUUCAUUACCACAGCCUCCUCCACAAGCGCCCCCACCUCAGUGUCCCUUACCCCAGUCAAGCCCCAGUCCUUCCCAGCUCUCCCACCUGCCCCUCAAGCCCCUCCACACGUCAACUCCUCAACAGUUGGCAAACCUACCUCCUCAGCUAAUCCCCUACCAGUGUGACCAGUGUAAGUUGGCAUUUCCAUCAUUUGAGCACUGGCAGGAGCAUCAGCAGCUUCACUUCUUGAGUGCGCAGAACCAGUUUAUCCACCCCCAGUUUUUGGACAGAUCACUUGAUAUGCCUUUCAUGCUGUUUGACCCUAGUAACCCACUCCUGGCAAGUCAGCUGCUCUCUGGGGCCAUACCUCAAAUUCCAGCAAGCUCGGCCACUUCUCCUUCAACUCCAACCUCCACGAUGAACACUCUGAAGAGGAAGCUGGAGGAAAAGGCCAGUGCAAGCCCUGUUGAAAACGAUAGCGGGACAGGAGGAGAAGAACCUCAGAGAGACAAGCGUUUGAGGACAACUAUUACACCAGAACAGCUAGAAAUUCUCUACCAAAAGUAUCUAUUGGACUCCAAUCCCACCCGAAAGAUGUUGGAUCACAUUGCACAUGAGGUGGGCUUGAAGAAACGUGUGGUACAAGUCUGGUUUCAGAACACCCGAGCCCGGGAAAGGAAAGGACAGUUCCGGGCUGUGGGCCCAGCCCAGGCCCAUAGGAGAUGCCCUUUUUGCAGAGCACUCUUCAAAGCCAAGACUGCCCUCGAGGCUCAUAUCCGGUCCCGUCAUUGGCAUGAAGCCAAGAGAGCUGGCUACAACCUAACUCUGUCUGCAAUGCUCUUAGACUGUGAUGGGGGACUUCAGAUGAAAGGAGAUAUUUUUGAUGGAACUAGCUUUUCCCACCUACCCCCAAGCAGUAGUGAUGGCCAAGGUGUUCCCCUCUCGCCAGUGAGUAAAACCAUGGAGUUGUCUCCCAGAACUCUUCUUAGCCCUUCUUCCAUCAAGGUGGAAGGGAUUGAAGAUUUCGAAAGCCCCUCCAUGUCCUCAGUUAAUCUCAACUUUGACCAAGCUAAGCUGGACAACGACGACUGUUCCUCUGUCAACACAGCCAUCACAGAUACCACUACUGGCGAUGAGGGCAAUGCAGAUAACGACAGUGCGACGGGCAUAGCAACGGAAACCAAAUCCUCUUCUGCGCCCAGUGAAGGGUUGACCAAAGCGGCCAUGAUGGCAAUGUCUGAGUAUGAAGAUCGAUUGUCAUCUGGUCUGGUCAGCCCAGCCCCAAGCUUUUACAGCAAGGAAUAUGACAAUGAAGGUACAGUGGACUACAGUGAAACCUCAAGCCUUGCAGACCCCUGCUCCCCAAGUCCCGGUGCAAGUGGGUCAGCAGGCAAAUCUGGAGACAGCGGGGAUCGGCCUGGGCAGAAACGUUUUCGCACUCAAAUGACCAAUCUGCAGCUUAAGGUCCUCAAGUCAUGCUUUAAUGACUACAGGACACCCACCAUGCUAGAGUGUGAGGUCCUGGGCAAUGACAUUGGACUGCCAAAGAGAGUUGUUCAGGUCUGGUUCCAGAAUGCCCGGGCAAAAGAAAAGAAGUCCAAGCUAAGCAUGGCCAAACAUUUUGGUAUAAACCAAACAAGUUACGAGGGACCCAAAACAGAGUGCACUUUGUGUGGCAUCAAGUACAGCGCUCGGCUGUCUGUACGUGACCAUAUCUUUUCCCAACAGCAUAUCUCCAAAGUUAAAGACACCAUUGGAAGCCAGUUGGACAAGGAGAAAGAAUACUUUGACCCAGCCACUGUACGUCAGUUGAUGGCUCAACAAGAGUUGGACCGGAUUAAAAAGGCCAAUGAGGUCCUUGGACUGGCAGCUCAGCAGCAAGGGAUGUUUGACAACGCCCCUCUUCAGGCUCUUAACCUUCCUACAGCAUAUCCCGCGCUCCAGGGCAUUCCUCCCGUGUUGCUCCCUGGCCUCAACAGCCCCUCCUUGCCGGGCUUUACUCCAUCCAACACAGCUUUAACGUCACCUAAACCGAACUUGAUGGGUCUGCCCAGCACAACAGUUCCUUCCCCUGGCCUCCCCACAUCUGGAUUACCAAAUAAACCAUCCUCAGCAUCGCUGAGCUCCCCGACCCCAGCACAAGCCACCAUGGGGAUGGCCCCUCAGCAACCCCCACAACCCCAGCAGCAGCAGCCACAGGUGCAGCCGCCGCCAGCAGCCCAGCCGCCACCUGCACCACAGCUCCCGCCACAACAGCAGCCACAGCAACGCAAGGACAAAGACAGUGAGAAGGUAAAGGAGAAGGAAAAGGCACACAAAGGGAAAGGGGAACCCCUGUCUGUCCCCAAGAAGGAGAAAGGAGAGGCCCCCACGGCCGCAGCCACGAUCUCAGCCCCUCUGCCCACCAUGGAGUAUGCGGUGGACCCUGCACAGCUGCAGGCCCUGCAGGCAGCCUUGACUUCAGACCCCACAGCGUUGCUCACGAGCCAGUUCCUUCCUUACUUUGUACCAGGCUUCUCUCCUUAUUAUGCCCCCCAGAUCCCUGGCGCCCUGCAGAGCGGGUACCUGCAGCCUAUGUAUGGCAUGGAAGGCCUGUUCCCCUACAGCCCUGCGCUGUCACAGGCCCUGAUGGGGCUUUCCCCGGGCUCCCUACUGCAGCAGUACCAGCAAUACCAGCAGAGUCUGCAGGAGGCCAUCCAGCAGCAGCAGCAGCGGCAACUACAACAGCAGCAGCAGCAGCAGCAAAAAGUGCAGCAGCAGCAGCCCAAAGCAAGCCAAACCCCAGUCCCCCAGGGGGCUGCUUCCCCAGACAAAGACCCUGCCAAAGAAUCCCCCAAACCAGAAGAGCAGAAAAACGCACCCCGUGAGGUGUCCCCCCUCCUGCCGAAACCCCCCGAAGAGCCAGAAGCAGAAAGCAAAAGUGCAGACUCCCUCUACGACCCCUUCAUUGUUCCAAAGGUGCAGUACAAGUUGGUCUGCCGCAAGUGCCAGGCGGGCUUCAGUGACGAGGAGGCGGCGAGGAGCCACCUGAAGUCCCUCUGCUUCUUCGGCCAGUCUGUGGUGAACCUGCAAGAGAUGGUGCUUCACGUCCCCACGGGCGGCGGCGGCAGCGGCGGCGGCAGUGGCGGCGGCGGUGGGAGUGGCGGCGGCUCGUACCACUGCCUGGCGUGCGAGAGCGCGCUGUGUGGGGAGGAAGCUCUGAGUCAACAUCUCGAGUCGGCCUUGCACAAACACAGAACAAUCACGAGAGCAGCAAGAAACGCCAAAGAGCACCCUAGUUUAUUACCUCACUCUGCCUGCUUCCCCGAUCCUAGCACCGCAUCUACCUCGCAGUCUGCCGCUCACUCAAACGACAGCCCCCCUCCCCCGUCGGCCGCCGCCCCCUCCUCGUCCUCGUCCUCCGCUUCCCCCCACGCCUCCAGGAAGUCUUGGCCGCAAGUGGUCUCCAGGGCUUCAGCCGCGAAGCCCCCUUCUUUUCCUCCUCUCUCCUCAUCUUCAACGGUUACCUCAAGUUCAUGCAGCACCUCAGGGGUUCAGCCCUCGAUGCCAACAGACGACUAUUCGGAGGAGUCUGACACGGAUCUCAGCCAAAAGUCCGACGGACCGGCGAGCCCGGUGGAGGGUCCCAAAGACCCCAGCUGCCCCAAGGACAGUGGUCUGACCAGUGUAGGAACGGACACCUUCAGAUUGUAAGCUUUGAAGAUGAACAAUACAAACAAAUGAAUUUAAAUAAAAAAAAUUAAUAACAAACCAAUUUCAAAAAUAGACUAACUGCAAUUCCAAAGCUUCUAACCAAAAAAAAAAAAAAAAAAGGAAAAAAAAAGAAAAAGCGUGGGUUGUUUUCCCAUAUACCUAUCUAUGCCGGUGAUUUUACAUUCUUGUCUUUUCUUUUUUCUUUUAAUAUAUAAAAAAAAAAACCUUAACCCUGUUACAUUGUGUCCUUUUGAAGGUACUAUUGGUCUGGGAAACAGAAGUCCACAGGGCCUCCCUAAUGUCUUUGGAGCUUAAACCCCUUGUAUAUUUGCCCCUUUUCAAUAAAUGCCCCAAGUUGAUAGCACAGAGGAGCCCGGCAUGCACUGUAUGGGAAAGCAGUCCACCUUGUUACAGUUUUAAAUUUCUUGCUAUCUUAGCAUUCAGAUACCAAUGGCUUGCUAAAAGAAAAAAAGAAAUGUAAUGUCUUUUUAUUCUCAGGUCAAUCGCUCACACUUUUUUCUGUUUUCAGAAUCAUUGUUUUAUAUAUAUUAUUUUUUCGGUUUGUUUUUGUUUUUGUUCCAGAAAAGAUUUUUUGUUUUGUUAAUUUAAAAACGGGCAGAAAGUAUUCGAGAAAAACAAUGUGAACUGCUUUAGCUUUCUGGGGAUUUUAAGGAUAGCUUUUCUGCUGAAGCCAAUUUCAAGGGGAAAAGUUAAGCACUCCCACUUUCAGAAAAAAAAAACAAACCCACACACAAAGAGUGUUGAGGACUUGUAGCUUAAAAAAAAUAAGUUUUAAAAACUGACUUUCUGUAUUUAUGAUAGAUAUGACCAUUUUUGGUGUUGAGUAGAUUGUUGCAUUGGAAAUGAACUGAAGCAGUAUGGUAGAUUUAAAAGGAAAAAAAAAACCUUUUGUGUACAUUUAGCUUUUUGUAUGGUCCAGCUGACAGCUCCUCAUUUGAUGUUGUCUUGUUCAUUCCUAGCAGAUAGAUUGCAAUCCGUUGAUUCGCCUAAGCUUUUCUCCCCUUUGUCCCUUAAUUCCACUUUCUCUUUCCUUCUCCCACUUCCCAUCCUAUAAUCUCCCACUUAAGGUAGCUGCCUUCAUUUCUUAGAGGGUAGCUGCAGAAUUAUUUUAUAAAACUAAAGAAAGAAAUUCAAAGGGUCCUAGGGGUCAUUAGGAUCCUCAAAGAUUAUUUUUGGUUGGGGAGUUGAAACUUUUUAAAGGCAUAUAAUUCUAGUUACCUAUGUCUGUUAGCCUUGUGCAUUUAUUUUUAAUUUAUCCUUGGCUUUUCUUUUCACCUCUUCUUUUCCUCCUUUUCCUCCUUGUUCGGUAGAUGCUUCAAAUAUUCUUUUCCUAAACUAAAGCAUUUGUUUCGGUUUGUUUAAUUGGGCUGUAUGCUUUUCUUUUCUAAAAAAGUUUUUGGUUAGGGGUUUGGUGUUGGUUUUUGUUUUGUUUUCUUUCCUCUCUCAGAAAAAGAAAUUUCAUGCUUUAAAUAAAAUCCAAAGACACACCCUUUCACUGCUGAUGCAGAAAAAAGGGAAAGGGUUCUUGUUACUUGAGAAUUUGUUUCUGAUUUAAACAAACAAGACUUAGUUUAAUAAGAGAAAGAGUAAAACAAAAGAUUCCCAGGUUGUUAUGUGCUUCUUCUGCAAGCAGAGAGGCAACUGUUAAUGACAAUUCCAUAUACCAAAAGACACAUUUUUUACUUCAAAGUUUUGUCCUUGUGUUAGGCAGUCUGAGCGGCAAGUGAUCCAGAGUGCAGCCAACAAAGAAGCAGAUAGCAAUGUAAAGAGAGCAAAAAAGGAGCCGUAUGUGAGGCACUUGUGUUUAUGUUGAUAUCCGUAUUCCUGUAACACACAACACAACGCAACAUACACCCUUUCUCAUCUUAAAGAACGGUCUGAACUUUGAAAGGAAAACUUUGUGCUGCUAAAACAUAGAUUUUGGAGACAAAUAGAUGCUUUGCUGUUUCACUUUCAUAGCCAAACAUCAACAGAAACAAUCUCCCCUGCCCUGAAAGUGUGAAAUCCUUCUUCCCUUCGUUCUCUUCCUUAUGUUUCAAAAGGGAACUUUGAAGACUGUGAAUGCAGGUUCCAUUGGUCACCUUUCGGGCUUCUUUCCCCAGUGCUGAAGCCACUCAUCGACUUUGCAAAAAGACUGGAGCAUUCCAAGAUCUGAAAAUGGAUUUCUUUUUUCUUUUUUCUUUUUCUUUUUUAGCCGGGACUAUUUUAUUUUUAUGAAUUUGUUUUUAGUUUAAUGAAAGAGUAGAUCCUGAACUGUUGUACAUAUUUCUAACUAGGCUGAUGCACAGUGCAAAUUCCUUUUUUAAUUUUUUUUUAAGUAGAAAUACUAAAGAAUACCAUCUAACUAUUCAUACCAGUAUCCAGUUGUAGCAUAAGGUGUCAAAAAUAAGUACGCAAAACAUUUGCUGUUUUAACAAGCUAUUUUCUUUUAACAAGAAUUCUUAUAUUUCUCCCUGUGUUUGAGAUGAACAUUUUUAAAUUUUAAAGUUGUACAGUUUUUUGUUUUCCAUUAUUUUAUCUUGUUUGUAACUCUAUGAAAUAUAUAUAUAUUUUUUUGCCAUUUAACUGUUGUAUGUUACUCCGUGUCUGUAUCAUAUAGAAAAAAAUUGGUUUGUUUUGUUUUGUUUUUGCUUCUCUAUGUGAUACCAAUUAACAAUUUAACACUAGUUUUAUCUGUCAAAUUCUGCUAGGUCUUUUCUGAAAACUUUGUUUUUAAAAAUGAUAUUGCUUGGUAAUAGUGCAAUUUCUAUCCCUUUCCCUCCCCCCUCAACUUUAAGUUCAUUUCCUUGUAAUUAAUUUUGCCAUCCCCUCCCCAAUGGUUUUUUUCUUUUCUUUUUUUUGAGCUACUAUGCCGUCCUCCCUCUGUGAGGCAGAGUGACUGUCAGUGUUUUGUUUUGCCAUGCCUUGACCUGUGGGUGUGUUUGGCAACAGCAAGGUGGUUGGGUAGAUUGUCUAAGCAUGCUUCCCCCCACCAGUGUUCCUCAGAGGGGUUAUGCGAUUGUUUCAACCUGGAGUGGGUUGCACACUUAAUGGUUUCCUCUACAGCUCUACAGCCCACAUAAAUGUUCAUUCAAAAAAGAAAAAAUGGUUCUCAGCAUUAACCCAGAAGUAGCAAAGCAGUCAGUGAUUGUGAAAAUUUGAGGUCAAACAUGAGCUAGUUAGAUGUUUGUGGGCUGACAUCCACCAUGGCUGUGACCCAUAUCAUUUACAAAGCAUGAAUUCACUGCAAUGCUCAACUGUUUAGAUUGGUCUCACUUGGAGAAUUUACUCCUGUCUGCUGCAUACUAGGUAGCUGAAAGGAUAUUUCAACUCACUUUUUAAAAUAGUUCUUCACCUCCAUUGACACUUCAUAUUUUGGUUUGUUUUUUUUUUUCAAAUACUCCACAGUGUGGGUUGGUGCUAGACACCAUUCAGUCAGAGCACCAAAUAGACCCACAGAAUGGGAGUUAUUUCAUCCAUCCUUCCAAAAAGACACUUAAGAAGGAAACACACACACACACACACACACACACGGAAAAGUUUAAUAAAUCUAGGAAGUUUUUUUUUUAAUUAAAACUAUUUAAAGAGAUGAAUGUGGCCAAAGUUUUACACAAUUGAAAAUAAAGUAAAACAGACGGCAUGUGUUUAAACCUGAGUUUAUCAGGCAUGGCAGGAAGUUGCAGGAGAGAGAGGCAGUGACCCAAGCCAGUGCACUUGAUGUUCAUGGACAUAUAUUUUUUUUAAAUAAUAAAUUAAAUUAAAACAUUUUAAAUAGAAACAUAAAUUGAGUUGGUUGUUUGUUGGCGCUGAGAUACUGCCCACUGUGAAACAAAGCUUUGACUAGUUUUUUUUGUUUGUUUACUUUCUUCGGGAGGGAGGGGGGCAAGUUUGGGUAGGAAAGAAAGCAUAAAUGAACGUGACCCUGAGGUGAAGAGGUAUAUGAACAGCCUUUGCAAUGUACAAAAAAAUAAAAAAUAAAAAACAAAAAAAAAAUAGAGCAAGUGAAACCAAAAAUGAUGUUCUUGGUGUUUUUCUAUAAUGUAGUCUUGUUAGCUUUUUUGUUACUGUAACAAUGCUGAUCUCGAACUGUACCAAAAUACAUGGAGACUAACAAACAGAACCACAUGGAACUUUCAAACUGAAAAGAAAUUUGUCACAAAAACUUUGUUGUCAUAGUUAAGUUGAUUGUAGAUGGUAAUUGAAUAUACUCCUUUGAAAAUAUUUCAUCAAGUAUGUUUCCUGCUCAUUGUGAUACAUUAAAAAAAAAUAUGAGCAAAA